CUGUGGUCUUUUCCGCGUCUCUCAGCCACAGUCGUCGAUUGCUAUGCCCUGUGGACUCAUGGAUUUCCAUCUGGAUUAUUUGUCGCUUCGCUUUCCAUCAUUGCGCGAUGCGCAGCAACAAUCACGAAAAUGACGUUUCACGCGGAUAGCUCGCGAGACAAGCAUUGCCAUGGCUACGACUCAAACCAUAACAGGAAGCUCCAAGAUGUCUGCCAGAACCCGUCAAAAUGCCCUCUCUUGGUACAGGAAAUCAUUCCAUCACUUCAUGGGCUCGCUUCGUCGUGUCGCAAUGGCACUUGCAAGCAGGAUGAUGUCGUGAUUGAAACAGGUGGCUUGGCAGCACAUAUAAUUGCGCGCAUCUUGACCUUCACCAGACAGAGGUCAACUUUGCAACUUUGCCCUGCUCAGGAUGCAGUUCCUUUCCAUUGCAUUGUCAUUUGCUUCAAUCGCGGCGGCCGUCUCCCUCUCCAGCCCGCAGCCCGUCUCAUAUGAUGGCGCCAAAGUAUACCGGGUCAAAACAGGCAGACAGCUAGCCUCGGUGAAGGAAAAGUUGUCCGCUUUCAACUACGAGGCCUGGAAUCACGAUUUGGAUCGACACAUUGACCUUCUCAUCCCCGCCGGAGAGGUCGCGGCAUUCGAAGCGCUCAAUUUCAAUGCGAAAGUUUUGCACGAAGAUCUUGGAGCAUCGAUCAAUGCUGAAUCUCACGGAAGCUCACUGUGGAAGAGGCAGGGAGGAGUCAACUCGUCGUGGUUCGAUUCCUACCACCCAUACGACGACCACGUUCAGUUUUGGGAAGAUCUGCAGGCAUCUUUUCCUAAUCAGUCCGAAACCAUCUCGUCAGGAACUUCAUACGAAGGUCGCGAUCUUUUUGGUCUGCACUUUUGGGGGGCGUCUGGGCCAGGAAAGCCUGCUGUACUUUACCAUGGACAAGUUCAUGCCAGAGAGUGGAUUACCGCGCCUGUCAUCGAAUAUAUCGCCACCCAAUUAAUCGAAGGUUACAAAGCAGGUGAUAAUCUCACCACUGCAUUCCUGAACAAUUACGACUUUUUCAUCAUUCCAUUCGUCAAUCCAGAUGGAUUCGUCUACACUCAAACGACCGAACGGCUCUGGCGAAAGAACAGACAGCCAGGUCCUGGAAACAGUACCUGCUUCGGACGCGACAUCAACCGUAACUGGGAAUUCGGAUGGGAUGCCAACGACCGCGGAGCUUCCACCAACCCCUGCUCGCAAACAUACAGAGGCGAGGCACCCUCCGACACUCCCGAAAACCAAGGUCUCGACAAACUAGUCCGGGAGCUGCGCGACACGCAAGGCAUCAAGCUCUAUAUCGACUGGCACAGCUAUGGCCAAUACAUCCUUUCACCCUACGGCUCCAACGAGACCAACUAUGCGCCUGAGCUUGGCAAGUGGACUAACACGGCGUCGCGAAUGAGCGAGGCGAUUCGCGACAGCUCGGACGCGCGCACCACGUUCACGUUCGGGCCAAGUGGCGCGACAUUGUACACAACGACGGGCGCUGCGCCCGAUCAUGUGUACAUUUUCGGCGAGGCGGAGUUCUCGUACACCAUUGAAUUGAGAGAUACUGGAGACUUCGGCUUUGUGUUGCCGCCAGAGCAGAUCUUGCCGACUGCUGAAGAGCAAUGGGUAGGACAGCAGGUUCUGCUUAGUCUACUCGACGAGACCUUCUUUGAUGGCGAAGGUCCCGCUAUCUUCACGUAG